AUGGCAGAUGCAGCAAGCCAAGCAGCCGCAAAUCCGGAUAGAUUUGUCUACCAUCAGCUAUUCACGCCCACGUUUCACCAUGAUGUGUAUCCGACAAUUGACCCUAAGAAUCCUAGCCUAACACAAGAGGGACGCAUCAUUUUGAUCACAGGCGCCAGUGGCCCGAUUGCAUCUGAACAUGCACGAUUUUUUGCUCAAGCAGGAGCAAAAGCUAUCAUUAUUAGUGCUCGACGUCUCGAAAAACUGGAAGAACUAAAAAAGGAGAUUGAAAGCUCUUAUCCCAAUACCGAAAUUGCGCCUAUUCAGUGUAACUUGACCUCUGAGAGCGAUGUUGCCAAUCUCUGGGACACGACCAUAUCCAAGUUCGGUACAGUUGAUGUGGUCAUUGCCUGUGCAGCCUCUCGUUCGCAGAUGAAGAAGAUUGGAGAGACGGAUAUUGCGGGGUGGUGGGACGAUUUUGAAACUAAUGUCAAGGGACUCUAUUUGUUGACACGGCAUGCUGCAAAUGUGAAGCCGGAGGGGGCUAUCACCUUCAUUAAUGUCACAAGCAGCAUGGCUAUUGAAACAAUUCCAACAAGGUCAAACUACGGCAUUACUAAAUCAGCAGGAUGUAAACUCAUAGAAUAUUUGCAUGCAGAGCAUCCAAAUGUCCGGGCCUUCAAUCUUCACCCCGGCAUUGUCCCUAACGGUGUCGUAUUUGGAAUGCUUGCAGGGGCAAAUGUAGAUACAGCUGGUCUAUCAUCUGGCGUUUCAUUAUACCUCACGACGCCAGGUGCCGAGUUCCUGCGGGGAAGGUUCAUCUCUGCCAAUUGGACAAUAGAUGAUUUGGAGGCUAAGAAGGAAGAAAUAGUGAAGCAAAACCUACUUACCACGUAUAUGAGAGCAAAGUUUGGGCCCGGAGGUCACUUUGCUCAGUAG